AUGACGACGCAGCUCAACAGAGCCGCGGAAAACAAGAAGAACCAGUUUCGCCAGCUGAGGAAAUAUCUGAUACAGAAUCGGAUCGAUGAUGAGCUGGGUCUUCGAAUCACGGGCUUCCUGGAGAAUGCCUUUGACGUGCGACAGGCGGCUGUUCUGGAGUCGCAAGUGGAGCUCCUGGGGUUCUUGUCCAAACCCCUUACGGCCGAACUCCAGUAUGCCAAGUACGAGCGCUGCUUGAAGGAGCUGAUCAUCGUCAAGCAGCACAGCAAACCGGAUGCCUACGACUUCACCACCUUGCAGAUUAUGAAGAAUCUGGCGAACGAUGGGCUGACUCAUCGCACCUUUGCGCCAGCAGACACCGUUUUCGAAGCCGAGACGAUGGCCUCACACGCCUACUUCAUGACGGCAGGCUCUCUCAAGUACGUUCUCCACGGCGAGGAGGCCAAGCUCAGCGAGAGUUGGUGGCUUGUGGAGAUGUGCAUGUGGAUACACUGGACUCACCUUGGUGAGAUGAAAACGGAGGAUGCCACUGGAAUGGUGUUGCUCGAGGCUGAUCGCUUCUCCUCGCUUGUGCGGGUUUCGCCGAAUGGCCAGGCCACUGGGCGAGCAGUCGCGUUGCAAGUGGUGGAUGCUAUGAACAUGAUGGAAGUUCUGACGGACCUCUGGCAAUGUCCUGUCCAGUAUGUGUCCGAGUCCUCACCAGGCCAUUCGGAAGGUCGGCGAUUCUUCAGGAAGCUGUUGUCGGCGGAUCUUGCGGCUGUGGUUCCAACAAAAUGA